AUGUUACAAUAUUUCUUUAAAAGCAAUAAUGGAGAGGAAGAUUCUAAAGGAGUAGUAUUGAUUUUCUUUCUUCAAAAUAGUAAACAGUGCUUACAUUUUAUAUGUAUACUUUUGAAGAACUAG